UCUAUUCAAUGUUCAUCUCAUCAGCAUCAUCAUCAAUAUCAUUGUUCUUUGAUCUACCUUCCUUUUCCUUUUUCUUUUUCAGCAGCUACGUCUUCUCAAUCUCCUCUCUAAGAUCGGAUCAUUUAUCUUCCUUUUCACGCCAUUUAUUCACAUCACCCCACUCCUACCCGAAAUCAACACCCACCCAUUCAUAAAACAGAUUUUCAACUCAAAAUAUUCAAACCCUGAUUGAAAAUCCUCUUCUUCCUUUCAUUGAGCUGAAAAAUUAGAAUCGGGUUUCAAUCUUUUGGGGAAAUUAAUGAUCUUUAUGAGGUGGGGUUUUGUUGUUAAAUGGGAAAUGUAACCUCAAAUAUAGCUGCAAAAUUUGCUUUUUUCCCACCAGAACCACCAACAUACGAUGUUUACAAAGACGAAGAGGAUGCACCAAAUGGAGAAAAAAGGUAUUGUUUUACAGGUAUAACAGCAGAUAAGAACGUUGAUGUUCAUUUGCUUGACACAAAGGUUGGGAACAAGGUUGUUGCUACCUUCUGGAAACACCCUUUUGGGAGAUUCACCCUUUUGUACUCUCAUGGCAACGCUGCUGAUUUGGGUCAGAUGCAAGACCUCUUUAUUGAGCUCAGAGCUCACCUCCGACUCAAUAUCAUGAGUUAUGAUUACUCGGGAUAUGGAGCUUCCACGGGCAAGCCGUCUGAAUUGAACACGUAUUACGACAUAGAGGCUGUGUACAACUGUUUGAAGGAUAAGUAUGGAAUCAAACAGGAAGACAUCAUCUUGUACGGCCAAUCCGUUGGCAGCGGGCCCACGUUACACUUGGCUGCUCGACUACAGAGGUUGAGAGGCGUUGUUCUACAUAGUGCCAUUCUUUCAGGAAUACGAGUUCUGUAUCCUGUCAAGAUGACAUUCUGGUUUGAUAUAUUCAAGAAUAUUGACAAAGUGCAGAAAGUCAACUGUCCGGUUCUUGUUAUACAUGGGACAAACGACGAUAUCGUUGACUUCUCACAUGGGAAGAGAUUAUGGGAACUGGCAAAGGAGAAAUACGAUCCGCUGUGGGUCCAAGGCGGAGGCCAUUGCAAUCUUGAAACAUACCCAGAGUACAUAAGACAUCUGAGAAAGUUUAUAAGUGCAAUGGAGAAGGUCUCCAUCGCCAGCUCCAAACGAUCUUCAGGACCAAGUAUCACAGGAUCAGUCAAACACAACAAGUGUUUGAGAUUUGGUAAAAGAUCAUAGAUAGCUAGCUUUUUGUGUUGAACAAAUCUUCCAUGGUUACCUGUUUCAUCCAUUUUUAGUUGAAUUCCACCGAGUUUUUCUUGUUUCUAUUUGAUUGGGAUUCAACUGUAAUUAACAUUCUUCAUUUUUUUUACGUAGAUGUUAGAAAUCGGAAAUUCUUGUCUUGUGCUUUUGGGUUCGUUUGUUGCCCUCCGUUUGUGGCCUGUAUGCAUGGAUUUGGUGGGUUCGUGCUUGUUUAAGUACAUAUUUAAAUGCCUAUCCAUUUCAUUUAGUUUUCUUUUGUAACCGAGAGUAUUUAGGCCAGCCUGUGGGCAUUUUGACUAUAAAAAUGUUCUGUUUCUGCGACACUAUCGAGUGGUAGCACGAGCACCCUUC